AUGCUUCAGUUAACAAACAUUAAUUCCCGCUUCUCUCUCCUCUCUCCCUCUUCUCUCUCCUCCCUCCCUCUCUGUCUUCUCUCUUCCCUCUCUCCCACUUCUCUCUUCUCUCUCCUCUCACCCUCUUCUCUUUCUCUUCUCUCUCUCCCUCUUUUUUCUCCUCUCACCCUCUCCUUCUCUCCCUCUCCCUCUUCUCUCUCUCCCCACUUCUCCCUCUUGUCUCUUCUCUCUCCCACUUCUCUCUCUCCCUCUUCUCGCUCUCUCUCUCCCUCUUCUUUCUCUCCCCCACUUCUCACUCUUGUCUCUUCUCUCUCCCACUUCUCUCUUCUCUCUCUCCCCCACUUCACCCUCUUGUCUCUUCUCUCUCCCACUUCUCUCUUCUCUCUCUCUCCCUUUUCUCUCUCCCCCACUUCUCCCUCUUCUCUCUUCCACUUCUCUCUCUUCUCUCUCUCUCUCUACACAUUUGGUUCUUUGGCCCCCUUUUGA